UCAUCUCGUGUUAUGUUCAGAAAAACUGGUACUUCCCCUUUAAUUUUUUUAACUGACUUCCUCGACUGAUGUAAUGGUUUGUCUGCUACAGUCGGGUCACGUGACUCUAUUGUGCAAAUCCAUUGCGGUGUCUGGGCAAAUGUGAAUGGAACUGUUAGUGGGGGGAAGGGCACUGUUUUGUUUGAAAAAAAAAAAAACAGUUAGCUGCUACUCAUGAACUACAAUGAACAGAGUGGGAGAUUUAACCCUAAACUGACGAUAAUGCUUCUAAAUGGCGCUGCUUUCAUUAUUUAUAUGUAUUUUUUUUAACGAGUAAUCCGCGUGCGCUGGUUUUGCGUUCGCCUGCAUUAAGAUGUGGGUCAUAAACAAACCUGACAGGAAGAGCGGGCUGUGACGUAAGACACUUUCAGAGAUUGUUUAUCUAAAUAUAACCUUUCACAGUCAUCAUGGCCACUGCACAAUAUAUGUGAGAAAUCCUUGCUUCAAGCCCUAUUUCAGAUUAAGAAUCUAUUUCUGACAGACAACAACACACUGUCAUAUGAAUCAGCAUCCAGCUGUGUUUAGGCUGCAGUUAGUAAAGGGAUACAAUACAAGGUCUAUAUAAAAUAAUGUAGGCUAUCCUUAUCUAUUCCCAGCUCUUCAAUUUCAGGUCUGCGUGUUGAUGGGAAACUGGCAACUGAUGCGAUAAAUUUAACCAGAGCUGAUUAAUAAUUGAUGCAGCUUUACUUACUAAGAUGAGCUGAAGUGUUUCCAGCUUGUUUUACAUCAUACACAACCAAGGAUAGCACUGGUGCAGACUGUCAGCUAAUGAGAAGGCAGUGCACUGUGAUGAAUAAUGUAUGUAGCAGUGUUUUAGUGGGCAGACGAGGUGCAAAACUACGUUAAUUUAAAAUAAACCAGUGGCAGAAUCAUAACUGCGUCCUUAGAUGAUUUUCUUCUUAUAAUGACAAUCUUGCUUUUAUGCACCUGUGCCAUCUGUGGCGAUAUUGCUUUGUUCUUUUACUGCAACAAACCAAAACAACCCACGUAGAGCACGCCGGUGUUUGUUUACCGGGAAGCGUGUGCGUGUGUGCCCAGACUCUCAAGGACCCGGAUGUGAUUCCGCCGAGCAAUGGCGGCUGAGCGGAUCUGGGCUCCGUCCCGUAUGUAAACAACACAUUAAGCGCUCUCCUUUGUUUAAGAAAAGCAGAACCAGCCGCGAUCAGGAGCAUGAGAUUAUCGCACAAGAAUCGACUCAUCUGAGCAUCAGAAUGUCAAUGGAAGAUCCGUUCUUCGUGGUGAAAGGAGAGGUGCAGAAGGCUGUGAACACAGCUCAGGGGCUUCAUCAGAGAUGGAUGGAGCUGCUACAGGACCCGGGUGGAGCCAGCAAGGAGGAGGUGGACUGGACCACUAAUGAGCUGAGGAACAGUUUGAGGUCCAUUGAAUGGGACUUGGAGGACUUGGAUGAGACGAUCAGUAUUGUGGAGGCUAAUCCAAAGAAGUUCAAUCUCGAUGUGAUGGAGCUGGCCAAGAGGAAAGCCUUCAUCACUAGCACAAAGCAGACAGUCAGGGAGAUGAAAGACCACAUGACUACACCAAUGGCCAUUACGGUGUCCGAGAGGAAAAAUCGACAGACUUUAAUGGGCGAUGGCGGGUCUCGUGGCCCAAUCUGGCAACCCAGUGCAGAUAAGUACACUAGACUGGACCGGGAGCUGCAGACGGCAAACUCACAGUUCAUUGAGGAACAGCAUUCCCAGCAACAGCUCAUAGCAGAACAGCAGGAUGAGCAGCUGGAGUUGGUGUCAGGAACUAUUGGCGUCUUGAAGAACAUGUCCCAAAGGAUCGGCCAAGAGCUGGAUGAGCAAGCUGUAAUGCUGGAUGAUUUUUCACAUGAGAUGGACAGCACUCAAUCCAGACUGGAUAAUGUCAUGAAGAAACUGGCUAAAGUUUCUCACAUGACCAGCGAUCGUCGACAGUGGUGCGCUAUCGGCAUUCUUCUGGCCAUCCUGUUUGUCGUCAUCAUUCUCUUGAUUGUUCUGUGAACAGCCCUCCUCCGUCCUCCGCCGCUACAGCUCUCCCGCCUGCGAACGCUCACUCCACCGAAGGUGCUUGGGAGAGAAACAACACUUUCUCCAUCUUUAGUCCAUUAUACGGUAGAACGCUGCUGCUUUGUAGAAGCAACCCAGACCAAAAACAAAUGGGUAACACAGCAAGGGCUGGUUUGGCGAUAACACGGUCUGAUCAUUUCAUACGAGUUUUGUUGUAAUCCAGGAUUAAUCAACUCUUUCAAAUGGACAAUGAUUUUUAAAUACUUAAAAAGGAUUAUGUGCUACUACUGCUUUAAUAGUCGGUUUAGACCACUGUAAUGUAAAUAAUCAACACCACCUAUUAAGUUACUAAACACUGGAGUUUAACAAACCAGAUACUGUUUAAGCGGGUAUGUUACUAAUCAUACUGAUGUGAAUUAGUUAUUUACUGUCAAAGUGUUCAUUUUUGUGUGCUUUGUUUACUUUUUACAUUUGAGCUAUUGAUAACUAGUGAGAUUUAUUCACAUGCACUGCGCUUCGUUUCUUUAAACUGAAUGGAACUCUCCGGAUAACUGCCUGAAAGUCUCCAAAUAGGUUAACAAUUCAAAUAUUAACAGAAAACUGUGCUUAAGUAAGCAUUAAACAUGUGAAUUGCAUGAUGGUUGGUUAUGAAUCUGUAAAAAAAAGUCUGAAAGCGGGUCACUUCAGAUGGAAGUGAAGUUUUGGACCAAGUGUAUUUUAGUAUGCAAAUCGAAAUUUGACAACUAAUGGUUAAAGGAAUAAUCCAUCCAAAAAUGAAAAUCUGCUGAAAAGUUUCUCACCCACAGGUCAUCCAAGAUGUAGAUGAGUUUGUUUCUUCAUCAGAACAGAUUAUUGUGUUGGUUAUUUAGCAUUACAUCACUUGUAGUGAAUGGGUGCCGUCAGAAUGAGAGUCUGAUGAUAACAUCACAAUAAUCCACAUCACUCCAUUCCAUCAGUUAAUGUCUCGGAUGGCCUGACGGAUGUUCAUUUUUGUGUGAUAUAAUGUUUAUAGUUAUAGGUCACUAUCUAGCCAGCGCUUUAGCACAGAUGAGCGGGAAGUUACGUUUCACUUUAGAAAUCCAGGCACUGCAUUUGCAAACUGCUAACUCAAAUGGAAACAUACUGUAUGAAGCAGCAGUUAAUAUGAAAAUCAUUGUAUUUGUUGUCUUCAGACAGCACAACAGAACACUACAUAUUCUGUGAAAACAGGAGUACCUUUAUCUUACUGGAUAUGUGUAUUGUAUUGUAAUGUGUAUCUCUUUUGGGUGAAUCACACAAAGAAAUGUUGUAUUUCACCCCAAAAUCAAAAAAAAAAAAAAAAAAAAAAAAGUUAAAUUGUAUUUUGCAUAUGAAAAUAAGCCUUUUUUCUGCAUUAUUAUACAUUCUUGUCAUGCCAGUUAAGCACAUUUUUCAUUACUAAAAAAUCAUGAUGUAAUAUAGUAAUAAAAAUAAUCUUGACUGGGCACAAUUAUAUUUUUAUUAAAAUAUCAUGACUACAGUUUAUUUUAAAAUAAAUACAAUUUUAUAAAUCCAAUAUUUCUUCUUGUAAUUUAAUAUAAAAGAAAAUUCACAUUGCAGUAAUGAGAAUUGUUAAUUGGCCAUUAAAAUGUCAUAAUGCUAAAAAGUGUGAUCCUAAAAAUAGGCAGAAUCUUAUGUAAAAUAUAACCUGGACAUGUUUUUGACAGACUUUGUGUGAUUUACCCUUCUACGUGUUCCAGCUUUUUGUUUUCGAGCAAUCGCGUCACUUGAGGAGAAAUACAGGGAAUUUGCAGUGUUUUUAUCUUUCAGACAUUUCCGUCGGCCCAUAUAAUAGUGUUCAGCUGAUUCUGACUGCCCUCGGUCACAUGAUGCACUCUGAUUGGUUCGAAGUAUGACUGAAUUGAUUAUGCAAUUUUACGAUACGAAUAAAAUGAUAUAAUUGCACAAUUACGUCACUGUUCUUGAGUCGCAGUGAUGCAGCGGAGAGUUAGUGAAUGCUGUUCUUCCUGACUGUGUGAAUUUCAGUUGUACGUGUUUGUUUUUAAUGUUUGUUUGCUCCUGAAGAGAAUUUUUUUUUACCCCCUAUAGUUUCUCUUGAUCCCUCAGAAAACUGUCAAACCUCCCCAUGUACCCACAGCCCCUCAGUUUGUCACUGUGUGAAGCUCUGAGGCCCAUUAAAAACAAAUCAUUGAAAAA